GGCAUGGCUUGGUAUUUCUUGGCAAGCGGCCAUGCGGUACCACUAAAUCGCGUUAGGGCUAUUCUUCCAACUCGUUCUGCGAAUACAGAAACGAAAAAAAUAGUAAACAACUUUUAUUGGAGGGAAAAGAGAGAUACAGCUGCCCAACAUGAGCGUGGAGGAGGAAGUGUUUCGGAUCCAGAAGAAGAUGAGCAAGAUUUCGAUGGCCAGCGACGGGACAGGACAGGAACAGGCCCUGGACCUGCUGAAGGCCCUGCAAAUGCUGAACAUCAACCUGGACAUCCUGACCAAGACGCGGAUUGGCAUGACGGUGAACGAGCUGCGCAAGAGCAGCAAGGACGACGAGGUGAUUGCCCUGGCGAAGACCCUCAUCAAGAACUGGAAGCGCUUCCUGGCCAGCCCGGCGCCCACGACGCCCAACCACAGCUCCUCCAAGGAGGGCUCCACCAACAACAGCAGUGCCGCCAAGUCCUCGAGCGCCGCCAAGUCUUCCUCUUCGUCGUCCUCGGGGAAGGACAAGUCCAACAGCAGCGGCGGCGGCAGCAGCUCCUCUUCCAAGGACAAGGAGAAGAAGGCUUCCUCGUCCUCCUCACAAUCAUCGUUUCCCUCCGGCGGCAUGACGGAUGCGGUGCGCAUCAAAUGUCGCGAAAUGCUGGCGGCCGCCUUGAAAAUAGGUGAAGUGCCCGAGGGAUGCGGGGAGCCCGAGGAGAUGGCCGCCGAACUGGAGGAUGCCAUCUACUCCGAGUUCAAGAACACCGACAUGAAGUACAAGAAUCGCAUUAGGUCACGCGUGGCCAACCUGAAGGACCCCAAGAACCCCGGCCUGCGUGGAAACUUUAUGUGCGGCGCCGUGACUGCCAAGCAGCUGGCCAAGAUGACGCCCGAGGAGAUGGCCAGCGACGAGAUGAAGAAGCUGCGCGAGAAGUUCGUCAAGGAGGCCAUCAACGACGCCCAGCUGGCCACCGUGCAGGGCACCAAGACCGAUCUCCUCAAGUGCGCCAAGUGCAAGAAGCGCAACUGCACCUACAACCAGCUGCAGACCCGCUCCGCCGACGAGCCUAUGACCACCUUCGUCAUGUGCAACGAGUGCGGCAACCGGUGGAAGUUCUGCUAACUCCCGCAUCAGCUCCGAGCACGCCACUCCACACACACCCCCUUCAUAUUCUUAUAAACAUUGUAAAGACACGAGACAUGCGAGAACACAUUUUGUAUCUGCUGCCCGAUCGCGGAGGCGCUUACUCUGACCACCUAAACCCAAGAGAAAACAAAUUUCAAUAAACAUUAACUAUUGAUAAAACGGA